GGUUAGUACAUUCCACACCCUUCGAAUCUCGGUCAACUCGUUGACCCGCGAGAACCUAACAUCUGCCAACAAUCCAACAUCUCGCAGUCGCGUUCGCUGCUCCUCGGUCCUCAGCCCUCACACGCCGCCCGCCCGCGACGAAGCCCGCAUAGCCGCCGCCGAGCGCCGGAGUUGCCACCUACCGCGCGCCCAUCUGCCGCCGAUGCUGCGCACUCAUCUGCUACCCGAGGCUUGGCGGCGGCCACUGCCCCAGGAGGCAGGAGCGCGACACCAAAGUCCGCGCAUUUCCUUCCACCGAGCCGCACCAAGAUCCGGGAUCCAAGGUGGCCAAGUUCGUUGCGGCGGCCCUGAACUUCGAUGGCUGUCCUCGUCACGGAAUUCGUCCUCAGAUUCACAGCCAUGGACUACAAUGUGCGUGAAUGCAGACUAUACCACUCCUGCUGAUUCUGUCGCCACCUCGGAGCAAGCAGGUGGUGAAGCUGAGGCCACCUUAGAAACAGGUGGUGAAGCUGCAGCCACCUUGGAGCAAACAGGUGGCGAAACCGAAGAGCCAACAAUUGUAGCACCUGCUAAUGAAUAUACAGAGCAGGAGGCUGCUCCUCAGCAGAAGUGUGCAAAGAUACACGACUUUUGCCUAGGGAUACCUUUUGGUGGACUUUUACUCUCCAUGGGCCUUAUUGGAUUUCUCUUCUGGAGGAGCCCUGCGAGUCUUACCUUUGGCGUUGCACCUGGCCUUGCCAUAUUGGCCCUGGCUGUACUUAGCCUCAAUGUCUGGAGGAGCGGGAAGUCCAGCUUACCGUUCAUACUGGCGCAAGCAGGCAUUGCCGCUGCCGUAGCAUGGAAGCACGGCCAGGCGUACACCACUACGAGGAAGCUGCUUCCGUGGGGAUUCUACGUCGCGCUGAGUGCCGCAAUGAUCUGCUUCUACUCCUACGUUCUUCUUGCCGGAGGGAAUCCGCCUCCUAAGAAGGCGAAGGCGAAGGCGAAGGCUGCUGCUUGAUUUGAUGUUGAAGGCAUUCACCGGAGCGUCUCAUAAUUGCACUACCUUCCUCUGGUAAAUAGGGUUGUGGUAUGGCCUCUGUUUACUUAGUAAAAGACUGAGGAGAUAAGACUGUCCCCCCUAUGCUGCAUAACUGUUGUUGUUUCCUUUAAAUAUACAUCAAUAAGGGCUGGGUUGGUUCCAUUCCAUCCCACUACCCAUCUCAUUUAUGGUGGUAAAUAGGGUUGCCCUUUUUUUGGCUUUGGUUUGAAGUGUUUGACGAGAUUUUGUAAAUUUCCUUUUUAGAGAGAAGCACAUUCUGCCACAAGAGGCUCAACAUGCUAUUGCAAUUCGAUAUGGGCUGCUAUGA